GUCGGCGGUCAGACCGGAAUGUGCGGUUCGGUGCGAGGGGUGGGCGCCGGCGGUAUAAUAUCGACACCGUUUUGUAUAUUAUAUAAAUUGUUUACUUUAAAACUGACGCGAAAGCAAGUGAAUGGACUCAUCCGACACAAGGACUCGCCGUACAUCCGAUCGCUCGGCUUUAUGUACAUCCGGUUCACACAACCGCCGCAACAUCUGUUCAAUUGGUUCGCGCCGUUCCUCGAGGACGAGGAGGAGGUGGACCCGAAGGCGGGCGGCGGUCAGACCAUCACAAUCGGGCAGAUGUGUCGCCAUAUGCUGACUAAACUGGACUGGUAUUCAUCGCUGUUCCCCAGAGUUCCCGUUCCCAUACAGAAAGAGAUCGAAUCGAAGCUUAAGGCCAGGGAUGAGGAGUACGAGCAACAGAUGCGAGAGGAAAGGGGUGUCGAGGAGGGAGAGGUCGAGGAGGAGGAGGCAGAGGAGGCGUACGAAGAGGACAACAAGACUGAGGACACGCGCGGCGGCGGCGGAAGGGCUGACUCGCGCAACAAACAUAGGAGACGUUCCGUUGAGCGCGAGAAGCCUACUGAGAGGCGGCGCUCAAGAUCUCGAGACAGAGACCGUCGGUCUCGACAAGAGGACGGAGAGGACAAGCGGUCCAACGAUAAGCACAGACACCGGCGCUCAAGAACUCCACAAUCACCACAUUCUCAUCGCAGCCAUAAUAGGGGAGACCAUCGCAGCGACAGAAGCGAACGCAACGAUCAUAAGCGCAGACAUCGUUAA